AUGAGUUGGGUCACUCUUCCCCCGGUAUGUGUCUGUCGGACCUAUUUCGCAGAGCACGUACGCAACCUUCUUUUUCUUCCUCCUCCUCCUUAUUUUUUUUUCGUAUACCGGAGAAAAAUGAUACGGCCGUGGGUGUCACGAGUGUCUGACCGGUUGUUGUGCCCGGUGUGGCGUAGGGCCCGCUUGACGACAGUUGGGACCCGAAUAUUCGGUACUACUCCCCAUCUUGCGGGAGGUAACACAAAUGUUAAAGCGCAGCCGCCACCCCACAUGGACGACGGAAGCCCUGAACUCCUAGAGGUUGAAUUACUUUCGCCUGAAGGAAUUGAUGUCAUGGAUGGUGAGGAGGAAGAUAUCGAAAAUCUCCCAGAGGCUGGUGAGCAGGGCGCUCCAAAGGAUGGUGCCGCGGAGACCAUAACUGUUCUCGAUACCUUUGCACGGGCGAAGGUGGCAAAUUUCAUCAAACGUGUGCAAUCCGCGGCGGACGCACCGGGCCCUCAGGGGGCGCUAAGCUCACGACAGCUCACUGUGGAGGUGCGGGAGGUGCAAACAUCGGAGAGCGAUGGCGAUACAUUGUUCCAUGCGCGGUUAUUUGUGCCUCUGCCCGGUGCUUACGGCGGUCGUUGGGCGGAGGGACUCGCCCCGUCGUCGAAGGAGGCGGAGCUUGUUGCCGCCAUGCACGCAGAGCGAAUUAUCGAUACACUGGGCAUACCGAUGUUCCAACUAACAUCUAAGCAGCAGCGGCAUGCAGAGGCCGCCCGUAGUUCUGGAAGGUGGGCCCCAAUGCCCGGUGAUGACCCGCUACCUCCAAGCACUCCGUCACCGCCACGACUGCAACUGGUGCGUGAGGGUGCUAUGAGAGAAGCGGAGAGGCGGCUUCAGAUUGACAAGCUCGAGUUUUCCACGGUUACUGCUGGAACCUUCACACCCAUGAAGCUCACGCUUGCUUCACCGCUUCUGUUGGACCACGGUAGCGUCUAUCGUGUGAAGCAGUUUUUUGUAUCGUACAACUGCCUCCUUAGACGUUAUUGCCGCAUAACGGCAUUGCACAAGCAUGAUAAUAGGGUGGGGUCUGGCAGUGGCGAUGCCGCUCCCCCAUCAUGCAGUGGCUUGGCUACCUCUGAUGAUGAAGAUAAUGGCAAACUGUUCGUUGCACAAAUUAGGUUACCUAUCGAUGGCCGCUUUGGCGAGCGCAUUGCUUGUGGUAAGGCCCCAACAAAGAAGGAAGCCUACGCACUGGCGUGCAUGCAUGCCGAGCUCAUUAUCGAUGCACUAGGGCUUGCCUUGUACCCGUCUUGUCGAGGAAAGCAAGAGGCGCAUGCAGCCGAAUGUCGGAAAGUAAAUCGGUGGUGCUGUGGACCGGACGACUGCGAGUAUCAUUAUGACAGACCUUCACCUCCACCAUUACAGUUAGCCAAAGAGGCAGACGAGGUGGCCUCGGGUGAUGUGGCAGCCUCGCUGGAGUCGCUCCUCAUGAGCCAUGCCAAGGCAAUUGAAAAUUAUACUCACGUAACGGAGUUAGACGCACUUGUUCUAUCCGCUCGUCGCAAGUUUAUGGAUUAUAUAACCCAGCACGGGACCUGCCACGGCAGCGCGGCCUCACCAUUUUUUGUGGAAGCCCUUGGAAUAAAAGAUCACCACGUCUAUCGCGCCACGGUGACGGUGCCAGUGACCCCCGUGAGGGGGAGUGAGGAGGAAAACAAAGACCAAAAAGUAAUGGCCGGUGAUGCGGAUGAACUGCUACCAUCCUUCGUGGCCAUAGGAAUAGGGACAUCGGAGCUAGAGGCGGAGACUGCUGCCUCAAUGCAUGCUCUCCACGUCCUCGAGGUCCUGAACAGACCUUUGGGCAGUGAGCCAGAAAAUCAGUCUCAUGAAGGAAAGGCUCCUCAGAACCUCACACGUAGCACGAAGCUGCCGCCGCCGUAUCGCUAUGUGGUGAGUCACGUUGGUCGCAUCAUGGUUCCUGGACUUUCACCAGCCCGGUGCCUCACCAAGGGAUCAGGGGGCACAGGGAAGCAAGCUAACUUCAUGGGCACGGAAGAGUCGCGACUGCAGCGGGCACGUGCGGAGCUACCGAAGAGUGACUGGUCGUUAAAGCCUGAUGCCGAUGGUUAUAUUAUUGUCAACCCAAACACAAACGUGGAAGAAGGACGUAACUACGUGCACACGCUCCCUUCGGUAAGGCAAUCGGAUCGCUUUGCCAUAGUGCGCUUGAGGGACUACCUGGAGCGGCACGGCAAGCGGCUUGAGAGUGUGUUGAAAACUACUGUCAGUAGCGACGCUGAUGAGGGACUGAAGCGUUGGAUAUGCAAGGCUGUGUUGCCAGUGCCUGAAACAUUUGAAUGUGUAGUGGCUCACGGAGAGGCGUACAGGGAGGACGAGGCGAUGGUGAUGUGCGCCGUACAUGCUGAACUCGUUCUGGACGAGAUUGGGGUUGCGAUGUACGAUCUUCCAGCCUUGCAGAAGAAACACAGCGGUGCGGCAGCUCUCCUUGGGCGCUGGGCACCGCUCGGACCUGGACAGAGACGACAAAUUGUUUGUAUUCCCCCACCCGUGCGUAAAGAGCACGAAAAGUCGUGCCUGUGGGCGCGACUUUCAAAAGAGGCGACAACGAAGAUGCGGGAAUCUGUACCGAAGGAAGAAAUGCCGGCGAUGGAGUCGCCUCCGCCCUCACAACGUCUCCCCGACGUCACGUCAAGCACUCCAAGCAUGGGAAGUACGAUGGCCCCGAGUGCACCUACUUCCGUUGACCUAAAAGACGACACAUUGUGCGAUUUGUCGAAGUUAGUGUCAGUGCAUUCGUCGGAUAUCCUUCAGACCGCGCCGCGUCUCUUCGACUUUUAUUGCCGACGAAUGGGUGUCGAUGUCUCCCGCGUAACAAGACAGUACAAUGUCAGCAGCCCUCUCCAUGGGUUUGUGCACCGUGCCAUUGCUGAAAUUCCUCUACCAACACAGUUCGGCCGCCGACAUGCAGUUGGCUGCGCCUCUACGAAGAAGGAGGCCUAUACUUUAUGUUGCAUGCACGCUAUCUUUACGCUUGGUGCUCUCGGCGUGCCCGUUUACAGUGGUUCAAGGCAAGCGGAGUUUGCUGGAAAUGCACGUCGGAGGGGUCGGCCGGCCCCCAUGCCUGGUGACCCGCUGAUGCCCGCCAACACAGAAUCCCCGCCAGGACUGAAGAGUCUUCCCGAUAUGCAUAAGGAGAAGCCAGUGGUGCCUACGGUACCACCGCGGUCCGAGUGUCGGAAGCCAUUCGUGUGGGGAAGUUACCUCACCGCCUGCCGCGCAUACAUAAAGAGGUGCAAAGAACACCUAAUUUUCGAUGCGCUUUUUGAACAGAAGAGAGCUCCCAGGAGUGGUGUGGAGCUAGAGGACACCGGUCUUGAUAUCGUCGAAGCCCUUCCGCUCUUCACAAAUGCCAGGUCUCAACUGCCCCAGAAGUGUGCUGCCUCUGGACUUCCUUCACCACCUCCGUACUCAUUUCGCUUUGAAGUGUACGGAAGGGUACCGAACCGACGGUACCUCGUGGAGCAACCAAUUUUAGGUACCCACUUUGUGGCACGUGGUGCGGGAGAUGAAGGGUACGAAUCUGUGGCGCGUGCCGCUAUGCAUUAUGAAUACAUAGUUGGUGUUAUAAAAAAUAGCCGUCUGCCGGACGGCGUAACCGACAGUAAGCGUGUGAUACUGCGGAAUCAGAGCAAGGAUAUAUACGAUUCCUCCCUCCGUGACUUUACACCUCGCGGUAAGCUGUCCGUCAUGGCACUUUACACGGUGUUGCAUGCGCCGUUUAAACCAUUGCGCUUGAUGGUAAAGGAGCGUGCUACAACUGGCCCAUCUUCUCAGGUGACGCUUAUCACGCUGUUGGAAAUGGAAGAUGAGAGCGGUCUGCGCAUGACAGGUAAAGGCGAGUAUUGCGACAACGAGGAAGAAUCAAGGAACAGGGCCAUCGCCGAGCUAUUUAAACAGCUUCAGUUGAAGUCGGCGUUUCAGGCGACUGCACAGAUGUUCCGGUCCCACCCGCAGUUGAGAGUUGAAGGCGCUUCUCACGUCGCUGAUGAAGGGAAGCUUAUUGGACCUCUUCACGCACUCCUCUCGGAGCAUAAAAUCCCCUUUCCUUCGAAACCACGAACGGAGCAAUAUGCCCAACUUGUUCAAUCUCUGCGAAGGGGGGAAGGAUUUUUUGAUUCACAGGAACUGCAGUUGCUUCUUUCAGCGGUUCAAUGCGAACUCGGAUUACUUACCUCGCCCAAACCUCUUACACUCCCUUCUGCCGCACGCAAUCUUUUCAUUUCCAUGGGUCUCACUUCCCCUGAGGAUUUGGAGCGCAGAUCGCAAGGCGAUGCUGAGGGAGUUAAUCUAAUAACAGUGGCGUUAUCGCUUCUAGCAGCUUGCGUGCCACCGCCGCUUCCCCAACAUGGUGGUGAGCAGGUGUCAGUGAAUGGCGCGCUGCCGCUGCAAUUUGCCAAGUUGCUCCUUGCUGGAUUCUUGAUGGACUGUCAACACCUCUGCCUUCGAGUGCUAGCACUAGUGUUAUCUUCACUAACAGGCCGCGGGUCAAUUGUUGAUGGCCACCGCUCCUCGUGUCGUGGAGGUGAGGUUGGUGGUUAUGACGUACUUGAGCUUAUGUUGCCGGCUCUCAGUGAGGAUGCGCAGCGCUUCCUUAACAUUAUAGUCCCAAGGCUGCGGCGAUUAGUUGAGCACGUUGAGGCAAGUGUGCCCGCCUUCGACCCUCUCAGGGUACUUCUUACCUCUUCGCCUAUUCCCACAGCGGAAGCGUUAUGCCAACCGUUAACAGACGGACUUGCGCCGUCACGGGAGGGUCGACUGCGCCUCGCUGUUACGUUUGCCUCAUUCCCGCGCGCUUUCGUACAGAAGAGGGCAGUAGCUCAUAAUGCGACGUCGCAGGUCACAGUGGAGUCUAAGGAUCUGAAGAGGGUUCUGAACGUGCGUGUGCCGCCCCCUCUGCUUGUUUCUUGUGGUGUUAGUCAGCCGCGGGGCGGGGUGGUGGCAAAAAGCGGAGAUGGAUCUGCCGGCGCUGGCGCCACUGCAUCCAGCCGCGUCUACAGUUCGCUUCCUUGUUUUGCCGCGUUUGACAAGAUUCCAACUAGUGGGGACACUCACUGUAUGAUCCAACCGGUGUUUGGAGUAUUUACCACCCCGUUUGCGCUUUUGUUGGCCAGUGCAUGUUGCAAUGACCCUCGCACUUUGGCCGUCAUGGAUGAUGUGCCGGGUUUAGCGGUGGUGGAUGGCUUCGUUCCCGUUGUUACGCGUGGGUCUGAAUCCCUUAGUACACUUCUAGAGCUUAGGGCCGCGGCAAAAUCACAUUGGAGUGGAUUGAGGCCACUACCGGCAGAGCUACAGCGCGCGGUGGACACUCUGCUAAGCGCGGAGCACAACCUGGCACAUAUCGUGCAGUCUGGGCUUCUUGAGUGA